AUAUUAAUUACAUUCAUUCAUUAAUUUGAACAUUUGUUAUGAAGUGAGAAUUUUAUUAUUCACAAUUUUCAUUUUUCUACUUCUGGCCUAUUAUAUAUACCUCAGCAAUGUGGCAGCAUUAAAAUAUUGUAUUGCACAGCAACCCCGAUGGAAUAUUUUCAAAAACAACUGUUUUGUGCUUAUAGUGAAUUACCGCCAGAAGAAGAACAAGAGCGCCAAAAUUUGUACGCCGGUUUAUAGAGUGUGAAAUUUUAGAAAAAACUAAACUAUAUAUAGCAACCAAAAUAAAGAGCAUGCGUCCAACAGAAGUAAAAUUAAAUAAUCCGCCCGAGGAUGCUAUAUCGGCGGUAAAAUUUGGUCCUAAAACUAAUCAAUAUCUCAUCGCAUCUGCCUGGGAUGGCACGGUUCGGUUCUACGACGUCGUCAAUAAUGCCAUGCGCCAGAAGUUUGUCGAGGAUAUGCCCGUAUUGGAUGUUGCAUUCAUGAACAUAGUGCAUGUCGUAAGUGGUUCGCUGGAUAAACAAUUGCGUUUGUAUGAUGUCAAUACGCAUACGGAAAACAUUGUUGGUUCGCAUGAUGAUGCUGUAAGCUGUGUUGAAUAUGCUGAAUCUGUAAAUGGUAUAUUGACGGGCAGUUGGGAUAAAACUAUUAAAUUAUGGGAUAUGCGGGAGAAACGUUGCGUUGGUACCUUUGAGCAAAGCAACGGCAAAGUGUAUUCAAUGUCUGUGAAUGAUGAGAAAAUUGUUGUAGCUACAUCAGAUCGCAAAGUUUUCAUUUGGGAUCUUCGAAAAAUGGAAGAAUAUAUGAUGAAACGUGAAUCAUCGCUCAAAUAUCAAACACGUUGCAUUCGACUGUUUCCAAAUAAAGAGGGCUAUGUAAUGUCUUCGAUUGAAGGGCGCGUGGCUGUAGAAUAUUUGGAUCCUGAUCCAGAAGUACAAAAACGAAAGUUUGCUUUCAAAUGUCAUCGGAACAAAGAGGAUAGUAUUGAACAUAUUUAUCCAGUAAAUGCAAUUAGUUUCCAUAACGUUUAUAAUACAUUUGCGACGGGCGGAUCAGACAGUUUAGUGAACAUAUGGGAUGGUUUUAACAAAAAACGUCUCUGUCAAUUCCAUCAAUAUGACACUUCUAUCUCAUCGCUAAACUUCAGUCAUGACGGCAGCACACUAGCUAUUGCAUGUUCAUAUAUGGAUGAAUUUGAGGAACCACCUGCCAAUGUGCCAAAUCCUGUUAUUUAUGUGCGUUAUGUAACUGAUCAAGAAACUAAACAGAAAUAAAGUAUAAUUGAUACAUGUCUUGUUAUAAUAUAAUUUCAUGAAAUUUCUAUGGGCAUUUACACCUCUAUAUACUUAAGAAUGCACUAAUACUUGUGUAUUCGCUUGAAUAUGUUGUACUAUACACACGUAUAAUUUUUGUUUAAAAAUAUACAAAUACGCCGACUAACAUAAAGAGAA